AUGACUUACCCGUCAGAGAUCAGGCAAUGGAACGCCGAAAGUGCAAAGGAGGACUGUGCGAGGGUCUUGACCUCGCUCUCGGUGGGCACUCCUCUGCCCUUGCCGACGCCAUCUGACCCUGUCCACUUAGACGAGGUCGCCCUUCGACAGUCAAAACACUCUGCCACAGUCAUCCCCAGCCUGAACCAGAUGGUCGACACUAUCGAGGCAUGGCGUCAGGAGGACCAGAAGCGCUCAGACGGCAGCGGAGGUGACUCGGCGCCGCGACGAUCGAGCUGUGACUCGACCAUCUCGUGGACAACCGACGUCGGCACCCCGUCUCUGUCAGAGUAUGCCUCGAGCCGCGCCUCGAGCAUCCUCUCCUCGCCGCUCCCUUCGCCGAGGACGCCGCAGGAGGGCCAACUCGGCUUCCACAGCACCGUCACUCACCAGCCCAUGGUCCCGCUCCACUCACUCGAGCAGCCGACGAAGUUCCGCGUGCGUCUCGCCCCGGGCUGGGGCGCCCUGCCUCCCCGGACGGUCGAGGCCUCUUCCACCUCGCCCAGGUCUGCCGCCACCUCCAUCACCUCGCCCGCCGACAGCGGCAGGAAACCGCACAACCCGCUGGGCCCCGCGCGGGGCGCCGGCGUGUUCAAGAAGCCGCACUGCAACAAGAAGUACGCCGACGUGUACAGGGACUACAUCCUGUACAAGCGCGACAGCAAGAAGAUGACGUGGAAGGAGAUCGAGGCGGCGUACGAGCACGACGCGCCCUUCCUGGCGCGCUACGUGGCCCGCCAGUCCGGCGGCGGCGGCGGCGGCAGCGGCGACGACGAGGACGGGAGCGGCGCCGCGUCGUCGUCGGCCUCGACCCGGGAGCCCAGCCGCGGCGUGCAGGGCCUGCAGGGCGUCUACUACCGCGAGAACCUCGAGAUCCCCGUCGUCGACGCCGACGGCCUGCUCGUCUUCAACGCCGACGGGACGGAGCGCACGACGUCGAUCAAGGUGCGCGAGCAGAGCCUGCACAACGGCCAGAAGCUCGACCUCAUCAUGCGCUUCCCCGAGCGCGUGGCGGCCAACCGGUACUGGUUCGUCGACCAGGCCGAUCUCGAGCUGGCCAUUGAUCUGGCCGCGCGCCGUGAUAGUCAGCGUAUGGCCCUCGGCCUGCCCAGAUGGUCUCAGUCCCAAGACAAGGACAAGAAGGGCGGCCGCAGAGGCAGCCUGAAGAACUGA